UAGGAGACGCCGCAGACCGUGAGGCGCCGGCGAGCUUGCGUAUCUCUAGUGGGAGCGACUACCUUUUCUCCGGAUGUUCGGUUUUGUUUCCUCCUUCAGCCUAUUUCUCGGACCCGCGCCUUUUUGAGUGGUUCCCUUCCUCCUUUGCCCCCUUUUCGGGCCACAUCAGGCGGGAGGCUUCCAGAAAGUCGACAAGUCAUCUUUAGGUCUUUGAAUUCUACAGGGGACAUUUGGGAAAACUUUUCACUUAUGAAUUUUCCUUGUUCCAUUGGUCCAGCUUGCAGGAAGCCAAGGUGAGAAUCCUGAGGUGAAAGGAGACACCAAGACUCUGAAUUUCAGGUCAAUUGCAAGGCUGAUAUUUACCCAGCUAACACUAGAUGUCACCAUUGUGCUGUGGAAAAUGUAGCUGACAUUCAGGUGUCCUAUUUAAUAUUCAGGACCGAGGGAAGCCUUCAAGUGUUUGAAAUUGUUCAUUUCUCUCCUCUCCUGAUCCCAGUAUAUGAUUACUGUGGCCUUAUUAAAACUCCCUGAACCUUGAUUUUCUCAUGCGUAUGAUUCAUUCCGCAUCCCUUGAGCCGGGUAGUGCUUGAGGUUGUCCAAGCUCCAAGGAAGACACCAGGGAGGGCGCCGGCCUCAAAGCUCCUGGUGGAGGGUCUCCCCGUGCAGCGGUUCCCACCUCUGGGUCUCUGCCUCGGACCUGCGCUAUCUUCCCCCACCCCAACCCCGCUGUCAGAGGCGACACAGCUGCAAGCUCCACUACUGCAGCCUGAGCUGGAAAGAGAGCAGCCUGGGGAUGGUGAGCUCGAGGGAAGUGUGUGCAGAUGGCACUGCCCUGCAUGAGAGGGAAAGAGGCAAGGAGGCCGUGCAGAGUUUUAGAAUGAGGAAACCUCCUGGCCCUGAGAGACAGAACAGCCCCCUGGGUUCUGUCACUGAAAGCUGAGGCUUUAACCAAGGCUGUGGAAGUGUCCAGUUGUUUUGGAGCGUCCAAACCCAGCAGUUUGGUACACCACAUGUAGCACAGAAGUUAUCGUUCCCCAAAGUCUUUAAUGAUUCCUGGGCUUUGGCAGGAAAUAUCAGGAAAGCACAUACUGUAUACGGAAUAGAGGAAAAUGAUUAGUGAGACCUCACUAAUAUUUUAAUUUGUUGCCUUAGUAAUUCAGAAAUUUCUGUUUAGGAUAGUGUACUUCAUGAGUAUAUGGGGUCUUGUCCUCAGUGAAAAGAACAAGGGCUCUCCAGGUAAUUAGAAACAGAAGCUCUCUGGUUUGUGAGGGAUGUCUAGGUAAAGGCAAUCUCCUUAUUCACAGGCUUAUUUACCCUUGGAUUUAUGGAAAGUAGCCCAAUUAUCUAGGCAGAGUAUGUUUCAUACAUUUCCUGUAUUGAUGCAUUUAAGAAUAUUUUAACCAACUUACAUUUAUUGUGAUAAAUUUUGGUCUGACAUCUGUCAUCUUGAAUGCUUUUAAUUUUUAAUGAAUACUUGUGUCCUAUUUUGUCCCUUUUGCUUUCUUUGCUCUUUUAUCAAUUUCUGUUAAAGAUUUUUUUGAUGUGGACCAUUUUUAAAAUCUUUAUGGAAUUUGUUACAAUAUUGCUUCUGUUUUAUGUUUUUUGGUUUUUUUGGCCUCAAGGCAUGUGGGAUUUUAGCUCCCUGACCAGGGAUUGAACCUGCACCCCCUGAAUUGGAAAGUGAAGUUUUAACCACUGGACUGCCAGGGAAGUCCCUCUCUUUUCUCAAUUUUUUAAAAGAACUAAAGCAUUACAGAUGGAAUUGAAGUCCCCUGUAUACAUCUUUUGAAUUGCAUUUACCUCUCUGUGGUUCCAGAGCUUAAAUCCAUUCUUCAUACUGCAGUUGCAACUUGAUUGACCUACAGAGAAAUCUGACCCGAUCCAAUGAGCACAGCCAGCUUGACUGCAGUCAAAUAAGAGAAUCCCCAAAUGCUAGCGCUUAUCGAGGCUGCGCUUUGGCUUCCUCCGCCCCAUACAAAAUGCUGAAAGGCAGUGCCACCAUAGGCCACCGGGAAAAAAAGCAGCCUGCUCUUCGUAGGAGUUGGUCCGGGUGAAAGGGAGUGAAGCCCGCAGAGAAGCGCGGGCGUUCUACAAGAGCGGAAGCGCAGGCUCCGUAAAGCGCGCCAGCUGGUGAAGUACUUCCGGAGCGCCGGAGCGCCGCAGCCCACCGUCGGAGCCCCUGCCCUUCAUUGAGAGGGAGCCCCGGUGAUGGCUAUCAGGCCCCUUAAAGCCUGGCACAAGGUCCGUGAUUAAAAACGUGCGCCAGGGAAAGAAAGCCAGAGUCCACAGAGAGGAGCGUUGUGGCUUCCUAGAGAGGAAGCUCGUGAAGCUUGGGCAUCGCAGCCGACGUAGUGACGCACUUCCGGUCACGCCGCACAUUGCACCUUUCCCGAGCCCCUGCCCUUCAUUGAGAGGAAGCCCAAGUGAUGGCUGUCAUGCCCCUGAGAGCCUGGCACCAGGAGGUGGUGACCUUUGAGGACGUGGCUAUAUACUUCACCCAGACAGAAUGGGCUGGCCUUUCUCCUGCACAGAGGGCCCUGUACAGAAGUGUGAUGCUGGAGAUUUAUGGGAACUUGACGUCUCUGGGAUACCCAGUUCCCAAACCUGCAUUGGUCUCACUUCUGGAGAGAGGGGAUUUGCCUUGGGGCCUGGAGACACAGGAUGAUCCCCCUGCACAGGGGACCAAAGACAUCUGUAAAAAUGCUGGGACCAACACUGACAAUGAGUUAACACCAACAUGGGGAGUUUCUGAAGAAAGAGAUAUGAUGAUGUUACAUGGGCCACAGAAGAAUGUUCUUAAGAGAAACAGCUUCCUAGAAACAUGUGAACUGGAGAAGCACCAGGAAAUCCCCACAGUGAAAAACAUUAGAGGAAAGGUUCCAAGAAUCCACUAUAAUAGGAAACCCUUCAGAUGUGAGGAAUGUGGCAAAUGCUUCAGCUAUUUUUCUUACUAUGUUAGACACCAGAGAAUCCACACUGGGGAGAAACCCUUUGAGUGUAAUGAGUGUGGAAAAGCCUUUAAUGGCAAUUCUUCAUUAAUUCGACAUCAGAGAAUCCACACUGGAGAGAAACCCUAUCAGUGUGAAGAGUGUGGGAGAGCCUUUAAUGAUAACGCAAAUCUGAUCAGGCAUCAGAGAAUCCACAGUGGGGACAGACCCUAUCUCUGCACGGAGUGUGGAAAUGGUUUCACCAGUAGUUCUGAGUUUGUUAUACACCAGCGAAUUCACACUGGGGAGAAACCCUAUGAGUGUAAUGAGUGUGGAAAAGCUUUUGUUGGUAAUUCACCACUGCUGCGACAUCAGAAAAUCCACACUGGAGAGAAACCUUAUGAGUGUAAUGAGUGUGGCAAAAGCUUCGGACGGACUUCUCAUCUUAGUCAGCAUCAGCGUAUUCACACAGGGGAAAAGCCUUAUUCUUGUAAAAUAUGUGGGCAAGCCUUCAAUUUUCAUACAAAACUAAAUCGGCACCAGCGAGUCCACAGUGAGGUGAAACCCUUUGACUGUGUAGAUUGUGGAAAAGCCUUUAGUGCUCAGGAUCAAUUAAAAAGGCAUCUAAGAAUCCAUAUUCAGGAGACUUCCUAUGUGUGUGAUGAGUGUGGAGUAGUCUUUACUAGCAAAAGAAAUCUGCUUCAGCAUCAAAGAGUCCAUACUAGAGAGAAAACCUGUGAAUAUGUCAAGUAUGAAAAAACCUUUAGGACUUCUUCCCAGCUAGAUCAUAUCCACCCUGGAGAGAAGCCAGUGCUGGAUGUUGGAUGUUUUGGCCUCCCAGAAUUUUUUACCCCCUUUUACUGGUCAUCCAUAACACCCAAGACAUGGUGGCUCCUAGUGUAAUCUUCUUACAGUGUCUCUUAAUAACAUGUGGACUCCUACAAGGCCAAUUAACAUCACAGCUUUCGUUGAACUGGAUCUGGGAUUCUCCAGGGCUUUGGCUUCCGGACAAUGACUGGCUGAGUCAACAUAGACAGGAGGUUGGUCUCCUCCGGACAUACUAGUCCAUGCAGACAGGAGCCAGUGUCUUCAGGACCUGCUGGGAGGCACCACCGCAGGAGUAAAAGGGCGAGGCCUGUGUUAUGGAUCUUACACCUUCCUAGAAAUAUGAAACAACGGAAUCAUCCUACUAUUUAAGAAAAGGAAAACAUUUUUCCCUAAGACUCGAGGAAGAAGCUCCAGCCCCACCAUCAACACCCGAAGCUGAAAUUCCACUUCAUCGAUUCCCUGAACAACUUGCUUAUGGGACAUUAACACUGUCUUUAAGUACUGUGUAAGUAUUUAAAAGUGACAUCUUGAAAACUAACAUUACUGUGUACUUUGUGCAUUUUGUGCCCUUCCACAUGUGUAAGUAUAUAUACCUUCUUAUGCAUAAUACAUGAUAUGUAAUCAUAAAUUAAUUAUCCCAUGUAUAUAAGCAAGUACAUCAGCCUAUUGAUAUUACAUACACAUUAAACAGUUCAACUCACAUUAGAUUCCAGGGGUAAUUGAAGUGAUUGAUAUUAUACAGGACAUAUGUUUAUUAAUCAUACAUAUCACAUAAAGUCAAAUCAUUUCCAGUCAUCAUGCUUAUCAUAACCGAUAACCAGAGCUUAAUAAUCAAGCCACAAUCAACCCAUCCACAAAUAUGUCUCUCUCCUUGUUCUAGGGCAAUGAACCAUGAGGAUUUCUAUAAAUGAACUGUAUCUGGCAUCUGGCUCCUAUUACUUCAGGACCAUCUCACCUAAAAUUGCCUACUCUUUCCUCUUCAAUAAUAUACCUCGAUGGACUAAUGGCUAAUCAGCCAUGUUCACACAUAACUGGUUUCAUGCUUUUGGUAUUUUUAAAUUGGGGGGCAUGCUGUGACUCAGCUUUGGCCAUCAGAGGUCUUAACACAGCCGAGAAACUUGUAGCUGAGCUUGAAUUGAGUAUUAUUUUCCAACAUCAUCUACCAUAAUAUGUUAUUGCGUCAAUGGUCACAGGAUAUAGAGCAGCUACACACAUACCACACAGGCACACUCAUAUCUGAUAAACAGCUUGCUUAAUCAAACCCCUACCCCACUAAUUCUCAUACUUUAUAUACCAUUAUCACCCUGCCAAACCCCCAAAACAAGUCAAAGCAUAUAAGAUUCAACUAACGCACCUAACAAACAUACUGCUGUCACUUCACCAACCCAAAGUAAGUGUAACUCCAAACUUGCCUCUUAACUAUACCAUUGAAUUAUGUACAUAUAUAAGGCUUAUAUAGACAGCCAUCCCCCUCGAUCUGUCAUUUACCUCAAACAAAAUUAAAAUUACAUUUUAAUAAUCUCCACAAGAAAAAAAUUAUUUCAGUAUUUUAACACAUUGUCAAUCAAUUACAUAAAUAUGAUACAUACAAAAUCCUACUCAACCUAAUGAUGAAGCUUAAUAAUUAAAGCGAGGCACUGUAAAUACCUAGUUGAGUUUACUAACUCCAUAAACCCAUAGAUUUGGCCCUACCCUUUCUAUUAAUUUCAAAUAAAAUUACACAUGAAAGUAUCUGCAUCCCAGUGAGAAUAUCCUUUAAAUCAAAAAAGAUUAAAAGGAGCAGGCAUCAAGCACACUAAAAAGUAGCUCAAAACAACUUACUUAACUACGCCCUUAUGGGAAAUGGCAGUGAUAAAAAUUAAGCCCCAAACAAAAGUUUCUAAGUUAUAUUAACUAAUUAGGGUUGAUAAAUUUCGUGUCAGCCACCUUGGUCAUAAGAUUAACCCAUGUUAAUAGAAAUCCAGUGAAAAGCGUGUUAAAGAUUACCCCAAAAUAAAAUGAAGUCCUAGCUAAGGUGUAAAAAGCCAUAGCUAAAACAAAAAUAAACUAUGAAAGUGACUUUCAUAUUUCUGAUUACAUGACAGCUAAGAUCUAAACUGGGAUUAGAUAUCCCACUAUGCUUAGCCGUAAAUUCAAAUAAUUAUAACAAUAAAAUGAUUUGCUAGAAUACUACCCGCAUCAACCUAAAAGUCAAAAGACUUGGCAGUGAUUCAUACUCCUCUAGAGGAACCUAUUCUGUAAUUGAUAAACUCUGAUAAACCUCACCAGCCCUAAGUAUUGUCAUCCUCAGGAAACUUUGGUAAACAAUAGUAAGCAAAAUUAUCAGACAUCAAAAUGUUAGAUCAAAUUGUAACCUCUGGGAGGGGAAGAAAUGGGCUAUAUUUUGUACCUCAGGAACAUAAAAUAUAUAAAAUUCUGUAACACACACACACACACACACACACUGACUCCCCCCUCAAAGUGAUAACUUCAUAUCCCAGUAAUAAGUUCCAAACAUACAAGAGGAGAUAAGUGAGCAUACUGGAAAGUAUGCUUGGAUGAAUCAAAGUGUAGCUUAAAGAAAAGUACCUGGUUUACACCCAGGAGAUUUCAUACUGCAUGAACACUUUGUACUGAAACUAGCCCAAACUUCCCACCGAAUUCAACUACCAUAAGUGAAUUAAACAUUCAUUCAACAUCUAAAGUAUAGGAGACAGAAAUUUAAAUCUGGUGUUAUAAAGUAUGCUACGGAAAUGAUGAAAGAAGUACUCAAAAUACCAAAAAGCAAAGCUUACCUCUUUUACCUCUUGCAUAAUGAUUUAACUAGAAAACUUUAACAUAGAGAACUUAAGUUAGAUAACCUGAAAGCAGAUGAGCUACUUAUGAACAGUUUACAAGAACAAACUCACCUAUAUGGCAAAAUAGAAGAUUUUCGGGUAAAGGUGACAAGCCUAACAAGCCUGAUGAUAGCUGGUUGUCUAGAAAAGAAUUUUAGUUCAACUUUAAAUAUUACUUAAGAAACAUAACUUUUAUUAUAACUUUAAAUGUUAUUCGAAAAAGGUACAGCUUUUAGUAUCAGGAUACACAGUUCCCCAGAGAGUAAGCAUAAACAAUACUUGGCUUAAAAGCAGCCACCAAUUGCAAAAGUGUUCAAGGUCGACCACACAUUCAUCUUAAAUACCAAUAGUAAAUAAACCAACCCUGAUUUAAUACUGGACUAAUCUAUUAAUAGAAGCAAUAUUAAGUCAGUAUGAGUAACAAGUAGUAUUGCUCCUUGCGUAUGCUUAUAUCAGAACAUUAACCUACUGAGAGUUAACAGUAAAAUAAACCUAAACCAAUACCUAGUUAUUUAUUAAAACAAUUGUUAAACCCAACACAGGCAUGAAUUUAAGGAAAGAUUUUAAAAAGUAAAAGGAACUCAGCAAUCACAAACCCUGCUCCUUUAUAAAAAAACAUUACCUCUGGCACUUCUAGUAUUAGAGGCACUGCCUGCCCAGUGACAUCUGUUUAAUGGUCAUGGUAUCCUGAGUGUGGAAAGGCAGCAUAGUCAUUUUUUCUCUAAAUAAGGACCUGUAUAACUGAUCACACGAGAGUAUUACUGUCUCUUUUAAUCAGUGAAAUUGACCUUCCUGUGAAGAGGCAGGAAUAAUAUGAGAAGACCCUAUGGAGGUUUAAUUAAUUAAUCCAAAAAAAUAAUAACUGUACUUUAAGGAAAAACAUAGCCUUUUUUUUUUAACAUGUGUAUACUGCAGUUUUAUUUCAAUUGCACAAACGAAGUUCAUGUGUAGGAAAUAUAAAUGAAACAGUACAGUAAAAAUAGCAGAGAACCAAAACUCUAAAAAGGAAGUACACCUAAAGCACAAGAAUUAGUGUUUAGUGUUUCAUCUUCAGUUUUGUUUGACACUUAAUGCUUGCAAAUUUUGAAACAAACUUUGAGAUCAUAAUGACUCUUCUGAAGAGAUUUCAGUACAAGCACUAAGAUUUGGACAUUCAGUUGGUUUGCAAUUGAGUUGUUAGCUAUUUACAUAGUGUAUAGUACAGACUUCUCACAGGUCAGAUCACCUUCCUGUAAUUAGAAAGGAUCCCCUAAACUGCACUCAGCUUAAGACAUCCAAUGUACAAGGGCAUGAAAACCAUCAUAAUAAUGUGGGUCCAAGUAACAGUUUUGAUAAGGAAAAUAAACAAGCUUCUGUUUCCCAUUUUAAUUACUGAAAUCUCUAACAAUGACAAAACUGUCACAGGACAGUAACUGUAUACAGUAAUUCGAUAAAACUUCUUGGAAAGAACACAUUAGCAAUCUGAGAUAAUGCAGAAUGACAGGAAAUAAAACGUGAUUCAACACUGGUUCUUUCUGUCGUUUUUACACAGACAUCAUGUUACUAUUAGACCAAGGCACAAAACGUUUAGUGCAUAAACCAGUUUCUUUUUUAAGAUCUAGCAUUCUUAUCGUAGCCUUUUAUCUUACUUUGGACCACUUGUACCCAAUACUCUAUCCUACUAUAGACUGUUUAACUUAAUCAACAAAAUCCAAAGUGAUUUCUGACUAGAUUUAUGGGGGACAUAAACAUUUAUAUCAUCGGGACUUCCUUGGUGGUCCAGUGGUAAAGAAUGCACCUUACAAUACAGGGGACGCGGGUUCAAUCCCUGGUUUGGGAACUAAGAUCCCACAUGCCGUAAGGCAACUAAGCCCACGUGCCCCAACUACUGAGCUCGUGCGCCUCAACUAGGGCCUGUGUGCCGCAAACUACAGAGCCCACGCACCCUGGAACCUCCCACCAUAACUAGAGAGAAGCCUGCGCGCCACAAUGAAAGAUCCUGCAUGCUGCAACUAAGACCUGAUGCAGCCAAAAAUAAAAAUAAAUAAAUCUUUAAUUAAAAAAAAUUCAUAUCAAAGUGUUUGCAUAACCAAAAGUACAAUAAUAAAGAUGAAAAUGCCUAUUUCUUUUAGAAAGUAGUACUUCAUAAGCUUGCUGCAUCUUUAAUGUCUUUACUAUUGGAUGAUAAUGAAUAGUUGGUAGAAAAAAAGAAAUGUAUACUUGAAUUAUGAUAGCUUAUCCAUCACAAAUUAAUCUAAAAAUGAAGUUUCUACAGAAACAGGAACUAUCUUAACAAGGAAAAAAAAUUCCUUCAUUCAAACCUCUUUGAAGUGGUAAUGGCUGCAAACCUGCAGCAUUUAGAAAACUAUGCUAUCAACAAGAUCUGUCUUAUGAAUUUAGAUUAAGAAAUCUAAAAAGCAGAUGAAAGUGGAUUAUUUCUUCAAAAUUUUAGUACAACUACUGAUAACCAAAGAUUUCAAAGCAAAUAUGGCACAUAACAACUCAAGCAUAAAUCAGGAUGGAGAGCCUGGAGAAUUUGAUUUCCUGAAUUUUCAAAAAAUUCUGUCAUUGCAACAUACAGGAUUUCUCCCCUAUUUUAAUCUUAGAAGUCUCAAAGAAAAGGGAGUGGAUAACAUACACACACACGAGUGCCCACACAAACACGCACGCGCACACACACAUGCACACGGCGGUAAGUAGAGUAUCUAGUUCCUUCUUCCCACCACCUAAGUCUAUUAAAAGAAAAUUAUGCAGGACC